CAGUUGUAUUCAGGCAGUAGACGUCUCAGAAGCCGGAACGUAUCGAGUGCACGUCGUGAGCAAAAAAAAGAGUUACGCAUAGUACGUAAAGCCGCAGAAAUCUCGAGCGGAUACCAAUUCGACGACAGAAGUACUUGUCAUCGAGUAGGAAAAGUACUGAGAAACUAGAAGGCAUCGACACGGUGUUACGGCGACGCGGCUAACCGUAUUCACGAGCAACUUCCAUAAGCGAUAUCGUAGAAAGACGUAAAACGAGACACUGGGGUACACCCGAUAGGGAGAUCCAUCUGUCUCGAUACACCCACGAACACCCGUUCAAUUUUCACGCUAGAAGGCGGCCGUCCAGCAGGGCGAUACCAUUUUAUAUGACUUUUCUUCGACGUCAAGAAACAUUCAGGAUAUCAUCCAGAGGGAAAGGAUCGGUGUACAGCAAAGGCGGCGGUAGUAGGACAUUGUCCAAGCGACUUAUAAACGGCAACAUCAUCUCCUUCGCACGGUACAAUCGUUUGUUGCGUGCAACCUGCGAGUUAACCACUCCAACCUGGUACCCAGGCUUUCUUAGGGGCACAAGCAACGGACAGGCAGCGUGUAUGAUCAUUGAAGACUACCCCCCUCUGCCCACCAAACCGAGGCAAUAUCUUCAUCAAGAUACCACCCAACGAUUUCUGAACCACCUGGUCCUGCCUAAGCACAGGACCUCAAAAUUUUCCAGUAAUAGGCAUCGAAAGCUACAGCCUUUCAGAGAAACGUGACUGGCGUCAGGGGGUAGUGCGGCAAAUCUCACCGCAGACAACAAAAAUCACCCUGACUCGACACGUUACGAGCUACCAUCGGGUAGCCAUUGCCUGG